AUGGUGGCUGUCACUAUUUUUUGGCUGGCAAAGGCGACCGAGCUCCUGACCUCCAGACAGCGGACUUACCAAGAUGAAGCCGGUUGUGGGGGCGGUUCUUGUGUAACAGGGACAAUAGAGGCUAAGUCGCACUCGAUUACUCAGCUUAAACCAUCGGCUGAAAUCUUGACUGACCAGGUAUCCAGUGCGAACUUUCAGUCACGGUCUCCUGUUACAGACUUAGCCGUAUCCGCUUGCCUCCCGCUCCUGGACUAUUCCGCGUUUGCUGUGAUUGUACGUGAGUGGAACUCCAGCUUCGUCCCGGAGCCACUAAGUCUUCUUGCCAGAAGCUUAGGGAACAAUUCGGAUGUCAAGGCCCAACACCGCGAUCUGCAUCCUGGCGAAAGUGAACACAUCGGGCAUCAAUUACCAUUUACCGCUGAUUAUCGACAAAUGGCUACGUUUUCACUAGAGUUGCUAAAAGGCCCGGCUGAUCUACUUAUGAAUUCGGAUAGAGUUGUUAAGACGGACUUUACUCAAUAA